AAUCUGCCGCCUGCGACACGCCCACGACGCUAAGCGGUGCUUCAUCAUGGGAGAUGUCCACCGGCAUCAACUGGCAGGUACAGUUGAAAUCUUUUAUCACAUGAGGCCUGGAUAUCUUCUGGCAGCAAAGAACAUUCAAUAGCCAUAUGAGGGCUCGACCACUGCUGGGGAUAAACAUGCGCUGGCGCCAAAUCGUCAAGUAGUUCUCAGUCACUCGAGUCGAUUUUGUAUUUUCCACAUUCGGAACGAGAGUGAUGAAGAAAAAUAAAAGAAACACGCUUCAAUCAAAAAGCAACAUAAAAGUCACAUCUUUUUAGGCACCGAGCUGGUUUGACUGUGACUAUUUGCUUCCCUGUUUGGAAUCUUGGAAGCCGAUCGAAUCCAACCGUGUUCAUGCGUCGUAUUCUCGAUAAAUGCGUUAAAAUGUGAGUAUUUUGAAGAUUAGAGGUGAUUGUUUCUUCAAUUGCACUCUACAACGAAAUCUCAGACCUAAGCUAACUCCUGCUCUAAAUUGACCGGUAUGGCAAUCCUAGAUAGCUUGCUUGGUGCGGCAGAAGCUCAUCUGGACUAAAAAUUACUCCCAGUCUGGAUCACUGUUCAUCGACAACGGACAGCGACAUCUGAUGCCGGUUGAUCGCUCGUGUAGUUCUUAUGUGGAAAUAUCGUGGACUUGAGUGCUGUCAGUGAAUGCCAGUAGGAAUAACGGGCGCUGUGAUGCGGUCAAUUGCGGUACUGGUAGCUGUUGGUGUUGCGGGCGUGCAAAUAGCGCCGAUGAGGACCGAAGACGUACUGUCCAUGGUAAAGCGCACUGAGCUAAUGCUCGUUCGAAGAAAGUAACGGAUAACCAAUCGUAGCUUAAGAUGUUAGCAACAUCACCAGCAACAGUGGUAGAUUUCCCGCAUUAUGUCAUCUGCUGGCAGCUCUAAUAUCGCCGAAGAGGCCUUGCUUCUUCAUAUCUUCUGUACGAGCCACACAUGUUUCAUGAAUAUGGCGAUUUGUCGCCUUUCGACCCAGUCAGAAGAGACGAAAUGACCCACUCCCUUUUUGCGACUGCCAGAUGAAAGACAGCCAACAGGAUCAGCACCUGGGUUGAUGCCAGAUAAAGACUGAUUCUUUCAGGUGGUCACAGAACCACCAAGGGAAAACUUUUCAGAUGACUAUUACCUGGCAAAGUUAAAGGGAAAUGUGCGGCUAAGUUGGGAAGUGCGUACAAUGCUUUCCUCAAAAAAAAAGAAGGUCGUCAGGGGAAUAGCUGGCUUCAGAGCAGCCGGUACUCCCGGUCGCACGGAAACAUUAUGUUCGUAUAGAGGUGACAAAGGAAAUUAGCUUUGAUGAAUACUCGAGAGUGUGAUAAGAUCGUACUUGUCCGCCCAAGCCACUGAACUUGUCUAGUAUUUCAAGCAUCGAUUAAGCCUCAUUGACGCCAUUUCAUCUUGCAGCGUGAAACUCGAGUGCUGCAUUGAAAGACAAGUGUCCCAUCAUUACUGACCGGUCAUCGUUCAAGUGUUUUGAAGUUACCUAGGCCUAAUAGAUGUAUACACUCUUCAUAAAGUGACAGCGUACUUUCUCGAUAAAGUUCUUUACCACUUAAGGAAAAGCGCCCUUAUUCAACAUUCAUGUCUCGAGUACCUACAGUACAGCUUUUUCUAUUUCUGAUCUAUCCUCGAUUGCGGAUACAUGUAUCAAGGACAGGAUCAUCGCAAGAAAAUGCAGUGACGUACCUGCCUUUAUAAGUAACGAUAUAAGUUGUGCCGUUUCUACCGUUGGAUUCACAUCAUUGGCCAAAGCGGCUAUUAAAGUCGAUUAAUCGAGACGUCUCCUCCUGUCUUACGGGAGGCAGAAGCAUGGCAUUAGCAACGACGAUGCUGAUGAAUGCUGAGCUGCCUGGGCCCGCAACUGUUGGGUGCGCGGAUGAUGCCCUGACGAGUCUUGCCUGGCUGCAGAACUUGAACAUCAUGGCUCGCAUAGGAUCCUCAUCCCCUACGCCGCCAACACCACCAGCAAGUCCGAUUCCGUUCGAAGUAUCCCCCGUCGCAUCUGACGUGGCUUCGCCAUGCGGUCGUCGACAAACGCCGAGCGAAUCCUCAGCUGGCACCUGCAAGAGUAUUGCCAAUCUGAUAUCCAGCUGCCAACGAUCAACCGCCAGUCCAGCUUCGUCGAAUAGCAAUUGUAAUGGUAGCAGUAACUCAGGUACAAGUAUGGGUACAAAUGGCAACGUAAGCUAUUCUAAGAAGCGACCCCCACCCGUAGCAAUAGACUUUGCCAACGACGAUUCAGUGAAACCACCAUUUUCAUACGCGACGCUCAUCUGUAUGGCGAUGCAGGCGAAUGCCAAUAAGAUGACUCUAUCUGCAAUUUAUGCGUGGAUACGUGAAAACUUUAAAUAUUAUCGGACAGCGGACCCCGGAUGGCAGAACUCAAUUCGGCAUAACCUCUCACUAAACAAAUGCUUCAUCAAAGUCCCACGGCGCAAGGAUGAGCCAGGAAAAGGUGGCUUUUGGCGGUUAGACCCGGAAGCAGGAUCGCUGGCUGGAGACGGUUCAUUUAAGAAGCGGAAAGCUCCACCUAAUGGUAGUGCAAGUGCGGGAGGCACCCUCACAGGUCGGCCUCACGCCAAGAAAAAAUCUAUCGAAUUUCGGGGUACUACACUCGGUAUUUCGCCAAAGGUAGUUCAGCUCAUUCAAAGGAAGGAAGGCGCUCAUAUUGUACGCGCUCCUAGCAAUGGUGUGGUUAUGCAAGACGUCCUCACGAAAUCCCCUUCGCUAACGCCAGCAUCGUCUGUCAUCGGAUCCGAUUCAAUUUCGUCAGCAACAACAAUCUCUCCUCUUCCCUCAUUUCCUUCACUACAAGGUGCUGGCUCUCAGGCGUCGGCGCAAGCCAGUGGACUCUGUAACUUCGCACCCGCGUCCGUUCAUUCGCCUUCGACCAUUCUUAGCCAGAAACCGCAACAACAGUUGGUCAACCUUAGUGGCAUAGUAAACUACGUACAACAGCAACUUCAACAACAACAACAACAGAUGCACCUUACACCCUUACAGCAGGGGCAGUCAGAGCUAAAUCAAUCUACACAACAACAUCAACUUGUCAUUGAAGCUGAGCCAACAAUUCAGAGUCAGGAGAUGGAGCAAGCAAUGAGCAGUCUAGCAACGCUCGACUGUUGCGGAGCUUUGAAGGCAGUUGACUUGUCAUGGAUCCUAUCCGAGGGAGACUCCCUCGAGUUACACCAGCUUCAGCAGUUACAACAAUUACAUAAUUUUGAGCAACUGGAGGUGGUUGAGGUUACCACAAGUGCCGACGGGGUAUUUGAGGCAAUCGUCCAGCAGGCACCAACAGGUGAGGUUCCGUUACUCGAGGGAGCUGUAGGCUCCCUGGAAACGUGUGCAGUGCCUUCAACAGCUGCUGCUCUACUUCAAUCGGCAAAUGCUCAUCCACUAAUUACCUUGCACCAAGUAGAACCUCCCAGUCAGGAUGCUACUCAGGACCCAACACAGGCGGGUGCAACGACGGCUACUGUGGAACUUGUGGCUGCUCCGGCAUCGAGUGGAGUAAGCGAAACCGACGACGCUGGGAUAACUGGUGACGUUUGGUGGGAUAAUUGUUGUUUCACCAAUGAUGCUUCACCUUCGUCGUCUACUCAAUGUGCUAUGGCAACUACAACAACAAUCAGUACCGUUUCCUCAACGACAGGCUCAACAUCGAUUAGCACAAGCACUGAGGUCAUCUGCACUUCGACGGGCGAUCGGCUCGAUCAUUCGGUGCAGCCGGCGCAGAUUUCCACCCCGCAUGGCGCUUCUAGUCACGAAAAUACGUCCGGGACCAGGCUAAUCCUCCCUAGAGCUGUCGUCCAGAAUAUGGCCGGACGUGUUACUAAGGUUGGUAACGGUGCAUCUCUGGUAACGUCAGACGGAGGAGGAGGUGGUGUCUGCAACAGCGCGGCGAGCAUGGGGUGCUUGUCUCCACCAACGAGUGCUGGAGGUUCCUCACCUCACCAGCCAAUUGACCACCACCUUGAUGAGCAAACUACUCUAAUCGGUUUAGAUGAACAGACAGAUCAUGUUUCGCUCUCAAUAGAUCGGUCACCGAGUCAUGAUUCUUCUGAAGACGGAGCCAGUCUGAUGUCUGGAAACAAGGUGAGGUCAGAAACGUCGAUGGACAGGACACAUUUGGAGCAACAACGUGCUAGUCCAUUGGAUGCCACCUCGUUGGAGGUGACACACCAUCUAGAACAAAAUGGCCUGGCUGUGCAAGCUGCGAAUCACCAGCAUCUAGACGCAUCGGGUGUCCGCAUAGAAUCAGGUCAAUUAGAACAUGCGGCAUGCCAUCUUGAGCCGACGUCCUGCCAAAUUGAGGCUUCUAUACCAGCGCUGCCUGUGCUAGAGUCGAGUCUGGCAUCGGGUUCAUCUCCACAGGCAAUGGAAAAUCGGCACCAGCAAUACGUUGUACUGACAGGAAACAACGAGCCUGUAAUUCAAGCAGCUAGCACUCAACCAGGUGUUGGCACCGUAAACUGUGGCUCCGAGAUCUCUUUCGGGUCUGCUCCCCCGUCGGCUGGAAGCGUGGCUUCUGUAGCAUCGGUCGCCUCCCGCUGGGACGAUGAAUGUAAGGCAGCCCUCGAAGCAGCAGCAAUUGAGCUCGAAGCAGCCAAUUACAACUUUUAGAAAAAAAACUCAACUUCUAGAAGACCGAAUUAGCCAGCGAUGUCUCCCCGGCAAGAACCGAAUCCACUGCCGUGGAUCCCGCAGUGGUACUAGUCCUUAUGACGAAAGGCACCCGAAACUGGUACUUCCUGUCACGCUCUUAAAACACGAUAAUACACAACAACAACACCUAUCCGCAGCAAAACAGAGGUCCAAAGACAGGUAAAGGGAUACGUGACGCCUUCGAUAUUUGCUGGUUGAUCGUAUGUGAAUCGAUUCAGAACCAAUGAUAAUCUCCGUAGAUAACGUCCACUCAGAGCACGAAUCCACUUGUGUGCGAUUAGCAGCUCCUUACUCUCACGUCAGAUGUGGAAGUAGCACUGGUCAAUUCCGACGUUCGUUAAACCAGUAAGCUCAAACUUUCGGGGAGGCAUCAACACGUAGGUAACCAACGUAGUAGUUUGAUUAGACAUUGUCGCCGAUGUAGUGACUCAUCGAAACUAUUUUAUACCGUCAUUUCAAGGCGACGAAAUCCAACUUCUAUAUAAUGUAGUGUAUAUUAGGGGAUAGUUAUAUGUAUUUACAGAACUAGAUAGGUUCACUAAUCAUGUUUGCCAUUGACGGUAUCCGCCAUGAAAAUCGUAUGAUCGGUUAUAAAUUUUGAGAGAUUGUUUAGCGCCAAAAUCCUUUUAGGGAUUAACGCAACAAAUUUUGUACUUUGAGAAAUUGCUUAUCUUAGUUGAGAUAUGCUGGUCCGGAACAGAUUAUCUGACCGAAUUCUAUUCUCGAAUCUCUUUGCCUAGAAAAAUGGCUGUCAUAUAUUAUUACUACGUCUAACCUUUAAGAUAUCACUCGCCAAAGUGAAUUGCGUCCUAUAUGGGUCAUUCCCUAUCGCCGUGAGGGCAUUUACCUGCGUUUAGCAAAGGUAAACAAAUCGUUCGCUAAUGCAAACAGCUCUGCUGAGGGAACAGACGCUAAUAUCUUUAUUUAUUUGUUAACUGUGUGUAUAUAUAUGAUUUAUCCAUUUCUUUAUUACUGUUAUCUAGCUCGGUGUGUUGAAUUCGGUCGAAUUCCAUAGGUUUAAGAAAUUUCUUUGUGUAUAUAACUUAGUGAAAAUAGGCGGGUAUUAAAUAUCCUAGCUCAACAAUUUAAUUACAACUGAAUGACAGGGAUGAAAGUUACAAAGUUCAAAAUAUUCUACAUUAAUUCAUAGGCACAAGUGUUGCGAUGGUCUGUAUGGUCGCAUAUUCUUAUAAAAACUUCCUUUAUAUUAACUAGUGUUAUUGUUAUCGCUAUUAGCUUCUAUGGAAUUGAUUCAGGAUUUGACCUAAGUUUUGUAAAAAUUAAUUUCAGCGAGAUCUCGAAUGAAACUGCCUUUUAAUAAAUGUUUAAUUGGAUAUCAGGAUAAGCUUUCACU